AUGUCCUUACCUCCCGCCCCUACGAUGGAAGUCGACGGCGGUACUACUGUCGUCACGCCCGAGAUGAUACGAGCUCCUGCUGUGGACCAAAUGACUGACACUGCGAUCAAGUUCGUGAAAGAAGCCCGAGGUGCCGUUAUGCGGACUCUUAUGGACAUACGUGUGCCGCAGAAGGAGCUUCGCGAAGACUUUGAUCCCGAUGCAUGCACCGGAGACGGCCAGCAGCGGCCACCGCUGAUGCACUUCGGCUUCGCUAUGUCGUGGACGCAAGUCAUUGCGUUACUAAGACGUCACAAUUAUUUGCACUCUCCGUCUAUGCCUUUCAAACCGACCUUGGCGAAUCUGAGCAAGACACGCUCGCACCCACAUCUGAACAUUGUGGAGAAGGACGCGCUGCGAGACCGCCUGUUGCUAGUUCUAGGGUUUAAGACUGGAGAAGAGCUCGCGAUGAACGAGUGCUUGACGCCUAAGAGUGUGCGAGUGGUCAUAUCUUUAUAUACCAACUACUCGAAGGGCUCCAACGGCUGGUGGACUGACGAGGACAGGCGCCAGGAGGUCAUGAGCGCGCUACGCAAUUUCCUGCGUUCGAAGAACUAUAACCCUGAUGAGCAUUUGAACUGGUACUGGGAUGCUAAAUGGUGCGGGCUCGGAUACUCGGCGCCCGAUGAUGCUUUCAACCCUUGGCCUGCAGCGCAGAACAGCAGAUGGAGGACUCACUUUGACAAUCGAUCACCUGACGAAGGGAAAGCUAGGCGCACCAUUGAUACCAAAGGCGAUCAGGCGUAUUAG